ACCCGCCACCAUAGAAAUAGGCAAGUCGUGCUUAUUUUAUAUUGAAUAAAAUCAUCAUCUGCAUUAUCGUCAAUUUUGUUGGCUGAAGCAGAAGCAGAAGCAGAGUUAGAAAAGGAAAAAGAAAAUGGGGGGAGGCAAGAUGGAGGAAAAUGAUGUUAAUGGUAGUGGGCGGGUCACAAAUCUGGUUUUGAUGGGCCGGAGCGGAAAUGGUAAGAGUUCAACUGGUAAUUCCAUUCUUGGACGCACCGUCUUCAAGUCAGAAUGUAGUGAAUCGUCUGUAACGAAAGAGUGUGAGUUACAGACAACUUUUCGGAAUGGGCGAAUAAUAAACGUGGUUGACACUCCUGGACUCUUCGAUACGGAUGCUUCUCCAGAUUUUCUUGGGAAAGAAAUUGUAAAAUGUAUUGAACUUGUAAAGGAUGGAAUUCAUGGAAUUGUUUUGGUGCUUGCUGCUGAAACGCGAUUCACCACUGAAGAAGCGUCUGUUUUAGAUAACUUGCAGAUGCUGUUUGGACCAGAAAUUGUGGAUUACAUGCUUGUUAUCUUCACGGGCGGUGAUAAGUGGGAGAAAAAGGGUUUGACAGUAGAGAAAAAGUUAAAAGAGUUUCCCGACAAGCUCCAGAAACUUAUAUCGCAAUGCAAGGGGAGGAUGGUGGUUUUCAAUAAUGAAAGUUCAUCUGAGAAAGAUAUGGAAAGAAAAAUAAGUGAAUUACUAGAUCAUAUAGACAAUAUAAUUAAGGACAAUCAAGGUCAGCCUUAUUCCAAUGAACUGUUCCGGCAAGCUCAGGCGAAGUCAGAGAUAUUGGUUUCCAAACAAGACUUGAUAAAGCAUAAGGAGGAACUGGUCAUACAACUCCGUGAGAUGAUGGAAGAAAACAAACGUGUUCUGGUAUCUCGGAUGGAAGAAAUCUCCGUGUCAGCAGAAAAAAUCCGCAAUCUUGAGGAGGAGCUGAAACAAUCCCAAGAGGAUCUGAAAAACUCCCAGCCAAACAACAAAUGGUGCUUUAUCAUUUGAGCAAAAUCCAUGUAUACUUUUCUCUCGAAAAAUGUAAAUAUGUUAUCCUAUUGAAAUUUAAUGACCGUUUAGAGAUGCCAAACUUCUGUAAUCUAAGUUUCCAAAUCGGUUUAUGUUGUAACUAUAAUUUUAAAAAC